UAUUCAUUCACAGAAUCAGAGGCAUCCCACCUGAACCAAGAGCCUCAAAUCUCACCCUCUCACCCUUUAUAAACGCCACAUGGUUCUUAAAUUUUCAUUUUUAAUUGCAUUUUCUUUUUCUCAUCAGUUCUGAUCUUCUUCCUGCAAUGGCUCAGAAGGUGGUGUUGAAGGUUUUGACCAUGACUGACGACAAGACCAAGCAGAAAGCCAUUGAAGGUGCUGCUGAUAUCUAUGGGGUUGAUUCGAUUGCGGCUGAUUUAAAGGACCAGAAGCUAACAGUGAUAGGGCAGAUGGAUCCAGUGGCAGUGGUGAAGAAGUUGAAGAAAGUAGGGAAAGUGGACAUCAUCUCAGUUGGGCCAGCCAAAGAAGAGAAGAAAGAAGAGAAGAAAGAAGAAAAGAAAGAAGAGAAGAAAGAGGAGAAGAAAGAGGAGAAGAAGGAAGAGAAGAAAGAGGAGAAAAAAUGAAAACCAUAUGUGAAAUUUUUGCUCAGCAAUUUCCAAAAGGCUUUGCCAGAAUCGCCAGAUUUGUCUCCUUGUAAUAUUAAAGUGACCGAAGUUUUUGUUUUUGUGCCCAGAUAUCUCACUUGAAUGACACAAAUCUAUGAUCAACUGUAUCAA